CAUAUACAUGUGCGGUGUGCGUGCGUCACACGCGUAUCAAUACCGAUAUCGACUUAUAUAUGAUUUACGAUUGACAUUUACCAGAGAGAGAGAGAGAGAGAAAAGCUGAAGUAAAUCGGAGGAAAGAGGUGUUUCAUUCCCUUCACUUAGAUAACGACAAGUCAUAUAUACAUUCCGUAGUUUUUUCCGGACGAGAAUUGUACUUUUACGAGGUGAGAAUGAGUGCCCUGCAAGUAGAACACGCUUUUUCGGACGAAAAAACGAUAAUGGACGCGUUUGGCGACAAUUUUGUUAAUGAGCCGGAAGUAGAUCCAGCGGCAGAGUUUUUGGCGAGGGAGCAGGAUCAACUAGCUGGUUUAGAGGAUGAGAUUACACCAAUGGCUGUGACUUUGGCUGCAGCAGCAGCAGCAGGACAAACCGAUGAUGAUUUGUCUGGGAAAUUUGGAAAUCUAAAAGUUGGCCCAGGUGGCGAUGCUGAAGGCAGUUUUGAAAUUGUAGAUACCAUCAGUCAGUCAACAGAGGCACAAGCACCAUCAACAGUGACAGAACCAGCACCUGUAAUCGCACCGGUCAAAGAAGAACCUGAAAAGAUCAAAAAAUGGAGGGAAGAACAAAAAGCACGUCUUGAGGAGAAAGACGCGGAAGAGGAGGAGAAAAAGGAAGAAUGGAGAGAAGCCGCGAAAAAAGAGUUAGAAGAAUGGUAUAAACAUCAUGCAGAAGCCAUUAAUAAGACGAAAACUACUAACAGGGAGUCGGCCAAGAACGCGGAGAAGCAAUUCGUUGCAGAGGCGGAUGAGGUUGAACCGGGCACCGAAUGGGAACGCAUCGCCAAACUUUGUGAAUUUAAUCCAAAAUCGUCCCGCACUUCCAAGGACGUCUCUCGGAUGCGCUCGAUUAUCUUGCAAUUAAAGCAGACACCGCCCACACCUAUUAACGCUUAAUUAAAUUGAAGGAGCUAUUAGACAUUAAAGAUAUGAAUUAUAAUAAAUAAUAAAAAGAAAUAUGAUUAAAAAAAUGAAAUAAUAAUACAUGCAUCGUGUGAUUACGGUGUGAUAUUAUCUAAAAAAAAAAAAAACUCAUUAAUGUUCUGUUAAAAAAAUAUAUAAUGUGUAAUAUUAUAUUAUGUAUAAUAAAGAAUUAUUGAUAACAAAUA